GGAACGUGCUCUGCAGGCAGGAAGUAGAACUAUCAGCUGAUCCCCAGUGCUGCGGUCGCUGUUGUUGUUGUGUGAAGCUCCCGUCGCUCUGGUUCGGACCAGCCGUUGCUCUUCUCGUCGCCUCUUGCCUUCGGAGACCGGUCAGCGGCCGGGGGAACGGACACGGUCGGUACCGGGAGCGGGACGCGUUUCGUGACGGGAGAAGGAGCUGCGUGUCACGGCUAGCUUUUAGCUCGGCGGAGCAGCCGGAGAACAAAAACACCAACAACCCCCCCGAGGCGUCUGCUUUCUGCUUUGAGUCGUGCGGUUGUGGGUUACGAAAUAUAUUUUUCUCUUUAUUUGUUUUGUUUUUAUUUAUAUUUGUAUUUUCUGAGCAGCACGGCAGACGCCGGGGCAGCUAAGUUAGCUAACAUUAGCUCCUGAUCAAAGCCCAAAUAAAACCAGGUUUGAAGCUUUCCUGACCGCCUGACUGUGACAGAGUUCAGGUUCAGAGGAUAUUAAUUAUCUCUGAUUAGUUUCUGUUCAGUGUUAACAGUGAGGUCUGAUGUGUUUGUUGCUCCUCAACGAGCUGGUGUUGAUUUUCUCACCACUUUUCUGCUCGAAUUCAGGUUUUUAUUGAUUUUAAAGCAACAAUUAGGUCGAUCAGCAGCUGGCCUUGUGUGUUGUAAGUGUGCUGACACGUUGCGUAAUUUGUUUGUUUGUUAGCUGUCCUCCUGAGCUGAGUGUCUUAACACAACAAACCCGUGUUUUAGUUCAGGUAGGAGCUGAUUUUAAAACAUUUAACCCUUUUUUAACCUCUGGUGUCGUUUUAACAUCAAAACAAUGAGAUAAAGACUUUUAUUUUCAGGCUCAUGAAUCUGAUAGUUUUAGUUAAAGCAAGUUGAGAUGAUCUGAAAACAUCCACCUGAGUUAGAUCAGGGAGGGUCAGCAGGAAGACAGGGUCCCGUCCAGUCUCAGGUGAGGUGAGCCCCCCCAUCACUUGCCAAUGCUGGAUCUGGAGGUGGUCCCUGAGAGAUCACUAGGAAAUGAGCAAUGGGAAUUCGCCUUAGGGAUGCCAUUUUCCCAGGCCGUCUCUAUCCUCCAGAAACACUGCCGCAUCAUCAAGAACGUCCAGGUGCUCUACAGCGAACAGACGCCGCUCAGCCAUGACCUCAUACUGAACUUGACUCAGGAUGGGAUUAAGCUGCUGUUUGACGCCACAAACCAGAGACUCAAGGUUAUUGAGGUGUACGACCUGAGCAAAGUCAAGUUGAAGUACUGCGGAGUCCACUUCAACUCUCAGGCCAUCGCUCCCACCAUCGAGCAGAUCGACCAGUCGUUUGGAGCCACGCACCCUGGAGUUUACAAUCCUGCAGAGCAGCUGUUCCACCUCAACUUCAGAGGACUUUCCUUCUCCUUCCAGCUGGACUCGUGGAACGAAGCUCCGAAAUACGAGAUUCCACAUGGAGCCAUGGUUAAAAGGAUGCACAUCUACACUGGUAACAACCUGCAGGAAACCAGAGCUCCUGCGAUGCCGCUGGCUUGUUUCUUCGGGAACAUCUUUGCGGAGUGCGUGGACGUCCUGAGAGACGGAGCAGGUCCUCUGGGGCUUAAGCUCCGCCUCCUCACUGCAGGUUCUGGUCCUGGCGUGAUGGCCGACUCUAAAGUCCGGUUCCUGGAGAGGAGCAUCUUCUUUGGAGAUUCCUGUCAGGACGUUCUGGGUGCUCUGGGCUCGCCUCAUAAAGUCUUCUACAAGUCAGAGGACAAGAUGAAGAUCCACUCUCCAUCCCCUCACAAACAGGUUCCCUCCAAAUGUAACGACUACUUCUUCAACUACUUCACCCUCGGAGUGGACAUCCUGUUUGACUCAACGACUCACCUGGUUAAGAAGUUUGUCCUCCAUACCAACUACCCCGGGCAUUACAACUUCAACAUAUAUCAUCGAUGUGACUUUAAGAUUCCACUCGUCAUCAAAAAAGAAGGAACCAAUUCUCAGACAGAGGAGUGCAUCUUAACGACGAACAGCAAGUGGGAUCAGAUUCAGGAAUUGUUGGGUCAUCCCAUGGAGAAACCCGUGGUGCUCCACAGGUCUUCAUCAGCGAAUAACACCAACCCGUUUGGUUCCACCUUCUGCUUUGGACUUCAGAGGAUGAUUUUUGAGGUGAUGCAGAAUAACCACAUAGCAUCAGUGACCCUGUACGGAGCUCCAAGGACCAGCAGUCAGGCCCGGCUCGGGUCCAGUGCCAGUUCCCACUGAACCGACAACCAGAACCUUCUGCUGCUCCGGCCGACCAGAGUGGAGUUCUUACACAAACCAGAGCCAGAUUUUUACCAGUCCAGCUCCGAUAAAUCAGACCUGGUAAAUGUUAGCUUCUCCUGUCGGGCUCUACGAUUUAUUCUUCCAAUCAGAACCGGUCGCCAAGCACAUUUGGACCUUCCCGGGUCUGGGAACGGCUUUGUGCUUUUGGAGCGUCAAGCAUGCUUUGGAGUAAAAGAUAUAAAAUCUG